AUGCUAGCUGAGCGCAAUAUUUCGAGUGGGCCAGCCUCACAGCUGAUCAAAAUUCAAGGUGCAGUGAUCCAAGUGCAAGUUCAUGUUGGGGAUCUCCAGGAAAUUCUCGGUUUACCGGCCUACAGCUUUCGUCCUCCGUUCCGUGACCCGGUAGAUUUUGAGACUACCGCUCCUGCAAAAAACAUGGAUGAUGUCGAUCACCUUAACGAUCAUCUCUAA